UUUGAGAAGCAACGAAUUGAGAGGAAAAUUGGCAGGUUGGCUGGGGCUGCUAGAAAGAUUAACUAUUCUGGACCUCAGUGAGAACUUACUAUAUGGUCCCAUUCCUGCAUCUAUAGGAGAAUUAUCAGCUCUGAAGACUAUAUUUCUUGACCACAACCAGUUGAAUGGCACACUUCCAGUAAGUAUUGGACAGCUUCAGAAUCUGAAGGUCUUUGAUGUUUCUUACAAUUCGUUGGAGGGACUUCUAACAGAAGAUCACUUCGUGAAUCUCUCAAGGUUGGCAGAUUUGGGCUUGACUUCAAACCAUUUUGUCUUGAAUAUGAGCUCAGACUGGGUUCCUCCAUUUCAGUUAAGGCUGAUCGGUUUGCGCUCUUGCCAAUUAGGCCCCAGGUUUCCUGCAUGGCUCCAGACACAGAAGGACUAUUGGGCAAUGGACUUGUCCCAUGGAGGAAUAGUGGAUAUCCUGCCUGACUGGUUAUGGGACUUGUCUCGUCAGAUUAUACUACUAGAUCUCUCUUACAAUCAGCUCGAUGGCAAGGUUCCUGCAUCAUUGAGGUUCGCCAGUAUUUCUAUUCUUAUUUUGAGUUCAAACAAUUUCUAUGGUCCAUUGCCUCCUUUGCCUUCUAGCAUAGAAUAUCUGGAUCUCUCCAACAAUUCGUUUUCAGGUGAUUUACUUCCAAUCUUUGCUGGCGAGCCAUCACUUCUUUCUAAUUUGUUUCUCUCUCAUAACUUGAUUAAUGGUACAAUUCCUGAAUCCAUAUGUACAGCGAGAGAAUUACAAGCUGUUGAUCUCUCGGGAAAUCUCUUGUCCGGAGAUCUCCCUCAAUGUUGGGCAGAGUUUCCAUCAUUGUUGGCGAUAGAUCUCGCCAACAAUAAUCUCUCUGGUUCAAUUCCAAGCACCAUGCGCUCUCUCAGUGUACUCCAAACCUUGCACUUGGCUAACAAUAGCAUCUAUGGAGAGCUUCCUGAAUCUCUGAAAUACUGCGAAAGCUUGGUAAGUCUUGAUCUUGGCAGAAAUAGAUUAUCAGGGAUGAUACCAACUUGGAUUGGAACGCUGCCAUUUUUGAAGAUUCUCCGCCUAAGAUCAAACAACUUUGUUGGCAACAUCCCUUCAGAGCUGGCUCACCUUACUGCUCUUCAGAUUUUGGACCUCGCAGAGAAUAGUCUGUCAGGUUCCAUACCACAAGGUUUUGGAAGCUUCGCUGCCAUGGCAUCGACAAAAGAAGCCAACGAAAGCUUGUUGGAUGCUUAUCAGAGUUCAAUACGGUAUAGUAUCGAUGACUAUGGUCCCAUGGGCUACAUGCUGAGCUUGCUGGUGGUAAUGAAAGGAAGGGUAUUGGAAUACACCAAAAAUCUUCAAUAUGUGAGAAGCAUCGACCUCUCAAAAAAUGAAUUGUCAGGUGAAAUCCCUCCAGAGUUGAUGAAUCUCUACGGGUUGCAGAGCUUAAACAUGUCGGCUAAUUAUCUUACAGGCACAAUUCCUGAUGGCAUUGGUGGACUGAGGUUGCUAGAGUCUCUUGAUUUAUCAAGAAACAAUCUCAUGGGUCCAAUUCCUACAAGCAUGUCAGUCUUGACUUCCUUGAGCCACUUAAAUUUGUCAUAUAAUAAUUUGUCAGGAAGAAUUCCAUCAGGCUAUCAGCUUCAAACUCUUGUUGAUCCAUCCAUUUACAUGGGAAAUCCUGGACUCUGUGGAUUUCCUCUUGAUAGAACAUGUCUCGAUAACAGAACAUCGAAUGAUCAAAAUGUUUACUGUGGUGAUGGAGAUGAAUGCGGAACUGAAAUGCUUUCUUUCUACCUGGGAACUAUUCUAGGAUUUGUGAUAGGUUUUUGGGUCAUAUGUGGACCUCUACUGUUCAACAUAACUUGGAGAAGAAAAUACUUUCAGCUCAUUGAUAGGAUGAAUUGUAGGCUUAUGGCCUGGAUUCCUAGAAAGGUGUAGGGGGAAGAAAGGUAGUGGCUAAAGAAAAUUGUAGGGGAAGUUGGGCGGAAGAUUCAUUCUCACUUUCGCAUUAAAACUGUACAUGUAAAUACUUUCAUGAAGCAUUCAAGUUGAUUUCUAUGUAGACCUACAAUUGAUGUUUGUAGGCAUGUACUGUAUGUAUAAGAUAACAAACAAGAAGGCCAGUUUCCCUUUAA